AUGCUUGCUUGUCUGGAGAUCUGGACCAGGGCUCUAGAAGAGGGUUUUGAGGUCGAUGUCGUAUACAUCGAUUUCCGCAAAGCUUUUGACACGGUCCCGCACCAACGUCUUCUUCACAAAUUGAGUGCCAUCGGCAUCCGGGGAGAUCUUCUGAACUGGAUUAGGGCGUUUCUGGUUGGUCGGAAACAACGCGUCUGUGUCGGGGAUGAUAUGCCAGAAUGGGUGAAUGUGACCAGUGGUGUGCCUCAAGGCUCAGUUCUGGAACCAUUGCUCUUCAUCCUUUACGUUAACGACAGCCUUCAGGAACUCGACUGCGGCAAAAUAAUGUUUGCAGACGACGUUAAGCUCUGGCAAGUCAUUAAGGGUCCGAAUGAUCAGAGAUCCCUUCAAGCUAAUCUGCACCGAUUGCAAGAGUGGUCGAAGAAAUGGUUUCUAGAUUUCAAUGUGGAUAAGUGUGCCAUCCUUCAUCUGCGUCCAACAAGCUCUCAUUCAAAUGAGAGUCUGAGGACAUAUCACCUGAAAGAUAUAAGGCUCCCCGCAGAAUCGUCACAGAAGGAUCUCGGGGUUUGGAUACAGAACAACCUGAAACCAACACUGCAGUGCCACAAGGCUGCAAAAAACGCCAUGGGAGUGCUGCAUGCAAUAAAAAGGGAUUUCGUUAACUUUGACCAAGACCUUUUUAGGAGAGUUUACGGCGCAUUUGUUCGGCCCCACUUAGAAUAUGGCAUACAAGCAUGGCGGCCUUGGCUAGUAUAGGACCAAACAUGCCUCGAACGAGUACAACGGCGUGCAGCAAAGCUGGUAAACGGUCUAAAAAGCCAAUCCUACACAGAAAGACUGAAUUGCCUUAAUUUAUUCCCUCUGUGUUACAGGCAACAAAGAGGUGAUCUUAUCCUCGUCUACAAGAUAAUACAUGGCCUUGAGUAUGGACUUAAAUUUGAGGAUAUGUUUCAGUGGCACCUUUCACCCAAUCUUCGUGGUCACUCGAUGAAGUUACGGGCAACAAUGUCCAGGCUGAAUCUUCGCUCUGAAUUUUUCACGCAGAGGGUAGUGGAGAAAUGGAACGAUCUCUCUCAGUCAGUCGUGGAGGCGACGUCUCUGCAACUCUUCAAGAAACGCUUGGAUGAUUAUUUGUGUCCCCUGUUUUCCCUCGACAGUCUGAAUCUGAAUUAA